UCCUUGCCUAAGGUUCAUUUCUACGCUAAACAUGUUUUAUAUUGGGUUGGACUGUAGGAAAUUAACCGCAGAUGAUAUUGUUGCACAUACCAAAAGGCACCCUGUGACCCUACAUUAUAUUAUAUACACUGCACAUAGGAGAUUUAGAGAGAGAAACAGUGAGGGAACAGUAUAGUGACUUCCACUUCUCUUUGUUUCGGUUGAUGAUGGUCUUUGCAACACAAAUAAUGUUGAAGAUGGUGUUGCUCUUUCAACUUUUCUUUCUCUGUUCCCUUGGUCUUACUGGUGCAGGUCAAGAAUCUAUUGAACUUUUAAACCUUUAUGAUGACACAAACCCAGAGGUUUUCCAAGCGCCUUCUCACUCUGCACUUCCUAUAGCAGUUUCUGUGGGUGCUGGAAACCUCAAUGAGGUCUCAAGCAGUGUUUUAAUGGCUGAAACGUGGCUUAGGACCCAUGUUUUAGCUCAUUACCCGGCUACCAAAAUCACCACCAUUGUUGCAGGUAACACCGUACUUUGUGACGAAGGGCAAGAACACAAGUUGGGUUUGGUCCUGCCUUCUCUCAAGAACAUUUACCACUCUCUCACAAGGUGGGGUUUGGAGAAAGAAAUCAAAGUCUCUGCUGCUUUCUCUUCCAACUGCUUGCACUCAUUCUCUGCUUUGUACAGAGAUGAUUUGGCUGAGAAAGUUAUCAAACCUCUGCUAGAGUUUCUGGAAAGUACCAACUCAACUUACUCAGUGAACCCACCUCCAAAUUUCUCUUCAUUAUCGGAUAAAGGUGUGAGCUUGGUGUCUUAUCACUCAGAGUCCAUGAAAAAGCUUGGGUUUUUUGAGCAAAAAAAUUUCAAUGUGUUAGUCACUAGUCCAAAAGAGAGAAAACCCAUGAGCAGGAAGCUCUCUUUCUUUGUAGACCCUUUCCCAGCAAGGCCAACCCCAUUACCAAAUAUUGCACAAUCCCCACUUCGGUCCUCUGUUGGUUACUCUGUUCCUGCCAUUGUGGCCCCACUUCCCCCAUUUGCCCAAAUAGCUUCUCCACCUUCAUUGCCCUUCACAUCUGCACCAGAGAUGCCUCCAGACAUGGAUCCAGCGUCUCCACCUUUCGGCUUCACAUUGCCACCGUGUAAUCCAGCUUCUAUUGCUCCAGCACCAUCAAUAGGGCUGGUCCAGAAGCUGUGGUGUGUGGCUAAGCCUAGUGUUCCUGCAGAGACAUUGCAAGAGGCAUUGGACUAUGCUUGUAGUGAAGGUGGUGCUGAUUGUGAGGAGAUUCAGCCACAGGGGAACUGUUACCAUCCUGAUACUGUGGUUGCACAUGCUUCUUAUGCCUUCAAUAGCUACUGGCAGAAGAACAAGAGGAAAGGAGGUACUUGCGGCUUUGGAGGGACUGCUAUGCUAAUCAAUGCUGACCCAAGUUUUCUUCACUGUCGGUUUAUUCUCAGCUAGAUACAGUAAUUGAAGCCAAGGGAGAUUGUUGGGGUUCUUUUGUUAAGUUUAAAAUGGGGAUUCUGAUUCUAAGGUGACUCAAAUUGUUCUUUUAUUCGCUUUAUCCUAGUGACAACUUUAAUUAGAAUGGGUGUAGGAACUAAGUACUAGAAGUUUUGUUUCGUUUUGACUAGUUAUGGACUAAUGGGGCACUCUUUAUGCACAAAAAGAAAGACUCUUUUGACUUCUAUCCUAGAUAUAUAUACACUGCUUAUGCCUUAAUCAAAGAAUUGUUGCUUUGUUUCUUA